UUUUUUCAUUUUUUUUUCUUAUUGAGUUACUUUACUGCCCACUGACAACUUAACAAUUCAAUUCGACAGAUGGUCGAACAUAUCGGCUCGCCAAUUAUCUCAUGGUACCAUGAUUUUUUAAUUCAACUUUUAAACUGUUCAGUAUUGCGCGGUUUCCGUAUAUAGAUUUUUAACGAUUACCUGGUCACUUACACUUCGAUUGUCGUUGAGACAGCAUUAAUGGAAAACAGCAAAGGUUUCAAGUAUGCAAUCGCCUGGAACCAAACAAGUAUGAAAAUCGUCGGUCUUUGGCCUGAACGCGACGAUGGAGUAGUUACCAAACUAAGAGGCUGGUUUAGUGCCUGUUUGAUAAUACUGAUAAUUUAUCUUCCGCAAUCAGCUAGUGUGUAUUGUUAUUGGGGCAAUAUGGAUGCUGUCGUCGAAUGUCUUUCAAUAAACGGGCCAGUAUUAAUUACAAUUGUUAAGAUUAUUAUUUUUCGGUAUAACAGAAAAGUGUUGCAAAGAGUUAUCAAUGCGAUAGAAGAAGAUUGGAGUGUUUCAAGAAGUGAUGAAGAAUUUGCAGUUAUGCUUAAAACUGCUAAGAUAAGUCGAGCUAUUUCCGUAAUCUCUACUGCGGUCACUAACAGCCUUUUUGUAGCAUAUAUAUUUUUUAAGAUAUGGGAAGGCUAUGAAAUGUCAAAACGAACGGAUCUAGAUCCUCGAUUAUCAGUAGGACUACUUCACCCCGCGUACUUUCCUUAUGAUACAAAAAAAAUAAGAUUGUUUGUUCCUACAUGGAUAGCACAACUAAUAGCGACAUUUUUUUCAAUGACUGCAUACGCGGCUUUCGAUACAUUUAUGUCGUGUAUGGUGCUCCAUAUUUGCGGUCAAUUGGCAGUCGUUGGCAUAGCGUUGAGGAAACUUAUUAAUGAGAGCACGAAAAAUAAUCCAAGGAAGUUUUGGAGCGAAUUUUCAAAAAUAGUUGAACGACACGAAAAAUUAAACGAAUUAGCUAAAGUAAUUGAAGACUCAUUCAGUUCCAUACUUCUUCCACAAAUGAUUAUUUGCACUACUACUUUUUGUUUUCAAGGAUUUGCAAUGAUCUCGAGUUUCAUUAAUCCAUUGGCUGGAAAAGUAUCUGUUCUUGAAAUGUUAUUUUCAAUUGUAUACGUCUUUUACACUGUUUUACAUCUAUUUGUUUAUUGCUACGUUGGUGACUAUUUAUCAUUUGAGAGUUCACGAAUUGGUGAAUCAUAUUACAAAGGAAAUUGGUAUAAUUUAUCUGUAGACAAAUCACGAUCAUUGAUGUUCGUUGGACAUCGCGCCCGAAGACCUUUAAAAAUAACAGCCGGGAAAUUUUGUGCGUUUUCGAGAAAUUUAUUUCUUGUAGUUCUGAAAACCAGUUUCGGCUACUUAUCUAUGUUAUUAGCAGUUAAAAAAGGAAGUCCUUCAAAAGAUUUCAAGUUUGCAAUUGCGUUCAAUCAAGCUAGUUUGAAAUUUGUGGGACUCUGGCCAGAAGCAAAUGACGGAUAUAUUACUAAAUUAAAAGCUUGGUUUGGUGCUUCGUUGAUAUUUUUAACUAUUUAUUUGCCUCAAUCAACAUUAGCUUACCUUAAUUGGGGUAAUAUGAACGCUGUCAUUGAGAGUCUUUCUAUCAACGGACCAAUAUUUAUCGCAAUAAUUAAAAUUAUCAUUUUUCGUCGUUACAGGAAAGUGUUGAGAGUAGCAAUCGAUAUGAUGGCAAGAGAUUGGAGUGAAGUGAGAAGUAAAGAAGAAUAUACAGUGAUGCUUAAGACUGCUAAAAUUAGUCGAAUUAUUUCAGUAAUUUCAACUAUAAUUACCAAUUCUCUCUUUAUUGCAUUUGUGUUUUUUAAGAUUUGGAUCGGUAAGCAAUUGAUAAAACGAACUGAUUUAGAUUCCCGGUUGUCGGAUCCACGGUUACUUUACCCUGGAUACCUGCCUUAUAACUCCAGACUAAUGAUAUUCUUCAUACCUUCGUGGAUAGCGCAAUGCUUUGCCACAAUUUUUUCCAUGACAGCAUACGCAGCUUUUGAUACGUUUGUUUCAGCAAUGGUGCUCCAUAUUUGCGGACAAUUGAAAGUUAUUGGAGUUUCAUUAAAGAAUCUUAUUAAUGAUGACGUUGAAAAUGACUUGAACGACUACUUGCAUAAGUUUUCAAAAAUCGUUGAACAUCACGAAGAAAUAAACAAACUAGCACAAACAAUUGAAAAUUCAUUCAAUUUAAUUCUUCUGCCUCAAAUGUUUGUAUGUACCGUAACGUUUUGCCUUCAAGGAUUUGCAAUGAUCUCGAGCUUCAUAGAUCCAUCUGCAGGAAAAAUUUCUAUUUUUGAGAUGUUAUUUUCUAUUGUCUACGUAUUUUAUACCGUUUUGCAUCUAUUUGUUUACUGUUAUGUCGGAGAUUUUUUGUCAUUUGAGAGUACUAUAAUUGGGCAAUCAUACUACUUCAGCCGUUGGUAUGAUUUAUCACAACAGAAAGCACGGUCUUUAAUGUUCAUUGGUCAUCGUGCUCGCAGACCUUUACUACUUACGGCAGGAACGUUCUGUGCUUUUUCGAGAAAUUUAUUUAUCGCUGUUGUGAAGACAUCUUUUGGCUAUUUAUCGAUGUUAUUAGCUUUAAAGCAAGAUUAACUUCCUGUUUAGAGUUACUAUAAGUAGUUUUCAGAGUGUUGGUAAUAGUAAUAACAGUACACGAAGAGAAUUUUAUGUUAACGGUAACCAUCCCUAUUUUGUAGCUUCUACUAUUCAGGAUGGUUAUUAACUUUUGCAAAGUUAAGAUGAUAAAUGCAACUAUCCGGCGAUUGUAAUUAGUACGAUCAGUAUAUAUUAAUUCCCACAAUUAUGAUGAUACGGUUUAUUAUCUAGAUGGUAACUUUUAUCAUCGGAGAUAGUUAAAAUCAUCAUGAUUGCAAUCAUAAAAAAAAUAAACAAGAAGUAUAAAAAACUAAACUUUUUCGAUUUUAGAGU